AACCUUUGGCUCGCUCGAGGCCCUCACAACAUAUGGACUGUCGUAUCCAAACCGCAAUCGUUCGAUUUCAUUGCCUUGAACUCAUUGUUCCUAAAGAACGUUCUUGGGAUGUCUAAACAAGUGAUCGACAUGGUUCGUGGUGAUGAUUCUGGCAUUGGAUGGAAGCCCUUCCCGAACAGCCUUGUUGUACCGGAGCGUAGGUUCCUCCGCAUGAAGCAUAAGGCCACACAUGAUGUAAUUGGACGAGACGGCCUCGCAGCCUUAACCGAUAGAUUCGAUAAUAACCUCUCAUUUUGGAUUCUGGAGAGUCAUAUUGGCGAAGAAUGGACGGAGAUGCCUGAUCUCUAUGCAUUCCUCAAGGACAUGCUCUUCAAAACCUCCGUUGACGCCUUUUUUGGGCCGCGAUUGCUACAACAUAGUCCAGACUUGGGUAAGGAUCUUUGGCGAUUUGAUGAGGAUGUCAUCAGUCUUGUCCGAGGAUUGCCAAAGAUAUUCAAUGCAAAAACUACGCGCGCGAGGGACAGAUGUAUCGAAGCGAUCAGGAACUGGAGAGAGACAGCAAUCCACCUAUCCAACGGGAAAGAUGACGACAAAGACUGGGAGCCUAAUUGGGGUCUCAAGUGUAUGAGGCUGCGGAAUGAGGUUUUCCAAAAAUUCCCUGAGUGGGACUCUCACGCUUGUGCUGCGACCGACACUGCACUUUUGUGGGCCAUGAACACCAACGUUGUACCGGCAACGUUCUGGUUCAUUUUUGAGCUGCUACGAGACCCCGUCCUUCGCAGGGAAGCCCAGGCAGAGGUUCGAAAUGCCGCGAUGAAGGAAGUGCAUGGCAAAUUCGACCGUAACUCACUCACUCGGCAACCAUUUCUCCAGUCCGUAUAUAGCGAGACUUUGAGAAGAUACGUGGCCAUAAUGAUGAUUCGUGAAGCCCACGGAGAACAACAAUUUGGAAACUGGACGAUUCCGAGAGGGGAUAGGGUGGUAGUUUGCAGUUACACGGAGCACAUGAAUCCAGAUCUAUGGAACACGGGAACGUCUGAUGAACCCCACCCGAUUGAAGAAUUCUGGGGAAAGAGAUUCCUUGUACCCGACACUUCGCCACCAGUCUAUACUAUGGAGGGCCCGUCAGGAAGAUGGAUCCCUUACGGCCUCGGGGAGCGAAUGUGUCCUGGGCGACAUUUUGCGAAAACUCAAAUGCUGCUUACGUUUGCGAUGAUAACCCGCAGUUUCGACAUGGAGAUUAUGAUGCCGGCACAUUGGAAACCAAAUGUGGAUAUGGCUCAUUUCGGCUUAGGGACGCUUCCGCCAAAGGACAAGGUACGUUUUCGCAUAAAGAGGAAGGCUGGACAUCAAUGAGCGGCUUUUGGCCGUCUUAGAAGGCAGCUACGGAGGCUUUCAUAGUUUUAGGGUUCUGUGCCGGCCGUGAUUCUUCGGUGAAAACUCAACCAUAUAUCUACCCAGAAAUGACUUCUUGCAACGCUGGGAUGAAGAUGGACCUGGAAUCCGAUGUGUGGCAGGGGGCGCACACCUUUAGGAGAAGUCUACAAACCGUAAGCGUGCUGCAUAUGAACAAGCGGAUGAAAUAGAUUCAAGUCUCGUCGGAGUCUGAAUGGAACCGCUGCGAGUCAAUUCCACCCGG